GGUUAGAGGAGAUACCUGAUUGAAGCUGGGAGGGAGGAUUGCUGAGGUCGGCCGGUGGUGUGACUGUGGACUUCUUCCAGGAGGAGGGUCAAUGCCUGGAGCCUGCUCAGAGGGCUUUGUACUAGGAUUGGAUGUUGCAGAAUUGCAGUAGUAUGGUUUCUAAGGGGAUCACUGAUCACUCAGACCUGCUCACCUGUGGAGAACACAGAACCCUGGAAGAUGGAGCAGGAGGAGGCAGUGGUUAAGGAUCCAGGUCAGCAAGCCAUCUAUUCAUUGUUCCUGAAAGAGAAACUCACAGAAGAUAAACUGAAAGAAAUGGCUGAUUCUCCAGUUAAUCUGUUCCAGGGUCUGUUAACACUCUGGGAUGUAGCUCUGGACUUCUCCCAGGAGGAGUGGGAAUGCCUGGACUCUGCUCAGAGGACUUUGUACAUUGAUGUGAUGUUGGAGAAUUACAGCAACCUGGUCUAUGUGGAGAACUAUUGCAUAUGUGAUCCUGGUCAUCACCAUGUGAAGAAUGAAAAGCAGUGUUGUCAGUGUAAUGAGCUUGGCAAAGUGCUUCAUGUUGAAACUACAGAAAACUCGAAUAACUGCAGAUGCAGUAAUCAUAGGGAUGACUCUAUUGACUCGUCAAACCCAGAUAGACAUGAAAGCAUGCAAACUGGAGAAGAACCUUGCAAAUCUAAAGACUGUGAGAGAUCUUUAUAUAUGUGUCCCAACAUUACUCAAGAUCAGAGAGUCCACAAUGCAAAGAAAGAGCACAGGCUGGGAAAAUAUGAUGAAUCUUUUGCAUCUGCAUAUAGUCUUUUGCAACAACCAAUCUGUAUUGGAGAAAAACCACACCAAUGUGACAAAUGUGGGAAAUACUUUAGUACUGCCUCAAGCCUCACUGAACAUCAGAGAAUUCAUACUGGAGAGAAGCCUUACAAAUGUCAGGAAUGUAACAAAUCCUUUACUGUGAAGUCAACUCUUACAAAGCAUCAAAGAAUUCAUACCGGAGAGAAACCCUACAAGUGCAACGUUUGCGAAAAAUCCUUUACUCAGUACUCAAGUCUUAAAACUCAUCAAAGACUCCAUACUGGAGAGAAGCCGUACAGAUGCAAUGACUGUGACAGAUCCUUUACCCACUAUUCAUCAUUUAGAAGACAUCAGAAAACUCAUUCUCUAGAGGAAUUGUACAGAUGUAAAGAGUGUGGUAAGUCCUUUCUUGAAUCAUCACAUCUUAAAAGGCAUUACAGAAUCCAUACUGGUGAGAAGCCUUACAAAUGUGAGGUAUGUGACAAAUCUUUUAAUAUGUCCUCAAAUCUUAGAAAUCAUCAGAAAAUUCAUACCGGAGAGAAACUUUACAAAUGUAGGCAAUGUAGCAAAUCCUUUAGCCUGGACUCAUAUCUUAGAAUACAUCAGAGAAUUCAUACUGGAGAGAGACCUUACAGAUGCAGAGAAUGUGGAAAAUCAUUUCAUCAGUUGUCAGCACUUAAACGCCAUCAGAAAAUGCAUACUGGAGAGAAACCUUACAAAUGUACAGAAUGUGGCAAAUCCUUUAUCCAGGACUCACAUCUUAGAACACAUCAGAGAGUUCAUACUGAAGAGAGACCUUACAGAUGUACGGAAUGUGACAAAUCUUUUACUGAGUGCUCAACUCUUAGACAACAUCAAAAAAUUCAUACUGGAGAGAAACCUUACAAAUGUAUGGAAUGUGACAAAUCCUUUUCCCGUAACUCACAUCUUAAAAAACAUCAGAAACUUCAUGCUGGACAAAGAUCAUACAAAUGCAAAGAAUGUGGCAUGUCCUUUAUUCAGAUUUUGAAUCUUAGAAGACACCAAAAAAUUCACUCUGUUGAGAAAAAUACCAUUGCAAAUAAUGUGACAUAGCAUUAUCUGGAAUUCACAGCAAUAGAAACAAAGAUAAGAAACUUGUGAAUGCCUUAAAUCUUAACAAAUUUCACAGGAUUUAUAUGAAAAUAA